UGUUGGAUUUUGAAGUGAGAGAGAACGGCGAUGGCGAGGCGAGUCGAGACUCGGAACGAGUCGUUAUUGACUCGGGCAGUUGGGGCGGUCUUCGGCUUUGUGAGACACGCCGAGUUUGAGAUCCUUUUCUUUCUUUUCUUCUUCAUUGCUUAUCUCGUCUUCAAAGAUAUUACAUCAAGGCCUGAAUACAAUCAAAUCUUUGUGAAGAAACCUGGUGGACCAGAAUUUUGGCCUUUUUAGAAGAAUUGAUGCUAGGUCAGGUUGAUUUGUGGAUUUUUUUUAUUUUGUGUUUAUAUGUAAAUGUAACCUUAUUGGAAAACAUGAAACUAAGAAAUUUGUAUAAUGUUCAGUACCGUUUCAGUUAUUUAUAGCAAAAUCGAGUGAAAAGGUUUGCUGAAUUUGUUUUUCUCAUGUCUCUAUUUCAUUUUGGUGAAGUGAAGCUUUCUGUCUCAUUCAUAAUCUCCUACUCCUUUCCCCUAGAUAUGUGGCAUAUCUGUGUUUUAAGAUAU